GUGUGUGUGUGUGUGUGUGUGUGUGUGUGUGUGUGUGUGUGUGUGUGUGUGUGUGUGUGUGUGUGUCCGCUGACGGAGCAUGUGCGGAGAAGCAGACAGAUUAGCGCGCUCUGCGGCUUGGUGCGUGUCCUUAGCUCCGACCGUUUGCUGGAAUGUUCCGGGGAGCGUUUUAAUGUAGACAUGGAGUAAGUCAGUCAUUCCUCUUACAACAGCCCCUUCCGGACGAGUCACCAGGGUUACAAGUGACAAGAUAUCAAGGUGUUGUUUUUCUUCGAUUUAGGAUAGUUUUUACGCGCGAGAGCUGCUCCGUCUGUCAUGGCAGUGGCAGCGGAGCUCUCCACUUAAAUUGUUAGGGGCUUUAUAUAAAGCUGGCUGUGAUGACGGAGGCUUUGGAUGGUGGAGCUGCUACCAUGAUAUUUUACACCAAAUUCAUGAUAUUCUGGGCACAUCUUAAGUGGCUUCAAAACAGAUAACGCAGAGCAACGUUGAACUUUUUGCGCUCGAGCAGAGAUUGGUGCGUGAUUUAAUGAGUCAAAUGGAGGAAUAUGAGCAGUGCGGUGCCUCAGAGUUCAUUAAAGACCGUCUGUACUUUGCAACACUUCGUGUCAAACCAAAGAACACAGCCAACGCCUACUACUUCAGCACAGACGAUGAGUUUAUAUAUGAGAGUUUCUACGCUGACUUCGGGCCUCUCAACCUGGCCAUGCUCUACAGGUACUGCUGCAAGCUCAACAAGAAGCUCAAGUCUUUGACAAUGUCCAAGAAGAAGCUGGUUCACUACACUAGUUAUGACCAGAAGAAAAGAGCCAAUGCUGCAGUUCUCAUCGGUGCCUAUGCUGUGAUAUACUUAAAAAGAAGCCCAGAAGAAGCCUACAGAGUUCUGAUCUCAGGAAACAACACUGGUUACCUUCCCUUCAGGGAUGCGGCAGUGGGGGAGUGCUCUUUCAACCUCACUGUGCUCGACUGCUUGCACGGACUGCGAAAGGCGUCACAACACGGCUUCCUGGACUAUGACAAGUUUGAUGUGGAGGACUAUGAACAUUAUGAGCGCGUUGAAAAUGGGGAUAUGAACUGGAUCGUUCCUGGGAAGGUUCUCGCGUUCAGCAGCCCUCACACUCGAAGUUAUCCCUUCCACGCACCGGAGGCCUAUUUUGCAUAUUUUCACCAAAACAACGUCGUAGCCGUGGUUCGUUUAAACAGGAAGUUGUAUGACGGCAGACGGUUCGAGGACGCGGGGUUCGAGCACCACGACCUUUUCUUCUUGGACGGGACCACACCCUCAGAUCUCAUCGUCAGGCGCUUCCUGCAUGUGUGUGAGAGUACAGAAGGGGCUGUGGCUGUGCACUGUAAAGCUGGCCUGGGACGUACAGGCACUCUGAUUGGCUGCUACCUGAUGAAGCACUACCGGUUCACUGCAGCUGAAGCCAUUGCCUGGAUCAGAAUCUGUCGACCCGGGUCCAUCAUUGGUCCUCAACAGAACUUCUUAGAGGAGAAACAGCACAGUAUGUGGGUCCAGGGCGAUGUCCAUCGCUCCAAACAAAAAAUGCUCCAGCAGAGACUGAGUCGGCGGCAGCAUCUACACCAGCAGCGUCAACAACAGCAGCUGCACAGCCUGGACUCCGACGGGGGCAGACAGGAAGCCAUGUCCCGCCUACUCUCUAGCAUGGACGACCUGUCAAUCAACACCACUCUCCCCACAUCGCACAGCUUGGACGAGAAUACCUGCAGGGACAGCAGUGUGACUCAGGGUGACCAGCUGAGAGCACUGAAGGGCAAACGACCCCCUAGAUCGCUCUCAUCCUCUUCGUCAAGGUUAAACCUGUCCAAGACCUCUCAUUUCUCCAUCCUACCACCAGCUAAGUCCCCCAAAAUCCCCCUGUCACUCUCCUCCUCAAGGAAGCUGGUAGGAAGCACAUCCUCCACCACCGGUCAGAUCAAGAGCCCGUUCAGCCUCAGCCUGUUCAGCACCAGACAUGCUGUCAUUCACUGAUUUUAAUCUGCUUAAGAUGAGUCACCAAAGACCAAAGUAUCAGGUCUUCCAUCAAGUGCAUGAAACUGGACAAAGGGAUUCAAAGCUCACAUGGAUACAUGUGUAUUAUUGUAUAGGUGGUUAGUGGUGACCAGCUACUGAACGACAUUCAUGCUCUUUUAAGUUUUACAUCUGUUUCCAAAAUAAGCAAAGGAAAAACAACCUUAACUGCAAAUUCACAUAUAUAGUAAAUGUUUUCUUUGUAACAAAACAAUGUAUAAAAUGUUUUGGUUUUUUUUUAAGUGAGGAAACGGAUACUGAGCAGUUUACAGCCACGUCAGCUGAAAGGUUUACAUUAUGGCGCUUUUCUAAUUAUUAGAUUUUAUAAACUUAAAUCUAUGACAUACUAAUUCUUUCCAGUCUUUAAGAUGUUGUUGAAUCAGACACAAAUACCAAUGAAGCACUGGUACUGUAUCAACUUAACUGUCAUUUGUGAACGCAAUAAAUUUUAGUUAGUUACACAUAAUUGAAUCAAAAGUAUGAAUUAUAUUAAAUGCACAUUUCAAACAUACAAUCACUUCACUCAGUAAAACACUGAAAAUCUUUUCUUAAUGUUGUUAUGUGUUUUGGUCAGAUAAAUACAGCGCAAGCAAAUUAAGAAAUCACAGUAGUUUUUAUUGGAUUGAUAUUGGUCUUAAGUGGAAUUAGGGUUUAUAAUUUAUAAUAAUUUUAUAACAAUAACAGAAAUUUGGAUCAAAUGAGAAUUCUUAACAUAAUAAAAAAUGGUUGGCAACA